AUGUCAGCCAUUUAUAAAGCAUUACAAUCUAAAUCGUCUAAAGACACAUCCGAGAAAACGAAACAUAUAAAUAGACAAAGAUUAUUAGUUAUAUCUUCAAGAGGAAUCACUUAUAGACAUCGUCAUUUUAUAUCAGAUUUAUUAGGUUUAUUACCACACGCAAGGAAAGAACCAAAAUUUGAUACUAAAAAAAAUUUACAUCAAUUAAAUGAAGUUGCAGAAUUAUAUAAUUGUAAUAAUAUAUUCUUUUUUGAAUGUAGAAAACAUCAAGAUUUAUAUUUAUGGAUUUCAAAACCUCCAAAUGGUCCAACUUUAAAAUUUUAUAUACAAAAUUUACAUACAUUAGAUGAAUUAAAUUUUACAGGUAAUUGUUUAAAAGGUUCAAGACCAAUAUUAAGCUUUGAUAAAUCAUUUUUAGAUAAUGAUCAUUUUAAAUUAUUAAAAGAAAUUUUUAUUCAAACUUUUGGUGUACCGCCAAAUGCAAGAAAAUCAAAACCAUUUAUUGAUCAUGUAAUGACUUUUUCAAUAGUUGAUGGUAAAAUUUGGAUAAGAAAUUAUCAAAUUAAUGAAACUUUAGAUACAAAAGAAAAAGAUGAUGAUGAUGAUAUAAAUGUUGAUGAAUUAAAUUUAAUUGAAAUUGGUCCAAGAUUGGUUUUAACUUUAAUUACUAUAUUAGAAGGUUCAUUUGGUGGACCAAAAAUAUAUGAAAAUAAACAAUAUGUAUCACCAAAUUUCGUUAGAGCUCAAGUUAAACAAAAAUCUGCUGAACAAGCAAGAGCAAGAGCUGAAGCUGCUUUAGAAAGAAAAAUCAAAAAGAGAAGUCAAGUAUUGAAAGCUGAUCCAUUAUCAAAUGACGCAUUAUUUAAAUCAUAA